AUGAUUUCGGGCCUUGGAAAAUUAACGACCGGCUGUCAGGUGGGAUGGGGCCCACGGGUCGAGAGAGCGGGCGUGGGUGGCCCAUUAGCCGUGGACGGAUCGGGGCGUUAUAAGUGGUAUCAGAGCUGUUUGUUCCUAAGAAGAAACACCGAUGAGGAUAGAUAUUCGUAUCCAACUUUUUCAUUUGACUUGCUCAGAUGUCAAGUCUUUGAGUUAGCUCAAGAACAUGUGGCUUGUUACAGCGAAUGGUCCGAACCAUGCGAGGGGAAAGUGGAAAGACGCAUUGGCUUUAUGAGUUUAAACGCAGAGAACAACGAGUUUAUGGUUCUAGGGCGUCUCCCAUUCAAGGGUCCCGCUGUGUAUAGGUCAAUCGAUGGGCGUUGGACUGAGCUCCAGAUAACACAACCCGUUUCCUUUGAAGGGAUAGUUUCAUAUAAAAGCAAGUUUUACGCCAUAGAUCUCACCGGCAGAACAAUAGUUGUAGAGCCAACUCUACAAUUGCAUACGUUUCAGCGGUCUAGACCGUCUUAUAAGACAAGGAAACGCUGGCUUCUAAACUCAGGGGAUAAGGUCCUUCUCGUAGAGAUGUGCACAGAGAGACGAGCCGAUUUUUUCAUACCAAAUAUCCGUGAGAAGAAGAUAUGGUUCGAAGUUUCAGAGUUAGACGUGGAGAGAAACGACUGGAAUCAAGUGGAAGAUGUGGAUGAUCGUGUGCUGUUCUUGGAGCAAUAUUGCUCCUUCUCGUGCUUGGCUACUGAGAUUCAGGGGUUUAGAGCCAACUCUAUAAUCUUUUCGGACCUGUGGGGCGGAACUAAUUUGAAUGAACAUGAAAGCAUUCUCGUGUAUGAGUUCAACGAGCAAGGCGUUAGGUCUGUAGAAGACAUUCCCGAGUAUGUUGAGCUGUUUCCAUCUCCCCCUGGUUGGGUUAUCUCGAACGCAUGAUCUUAUCACAUUCAUGAACAUGAAUAUCAUUAUUUUUUCUUGUAUAACAAAAGCUUGUGCUGCUAUUUAAGCUUUUGAUUUUUUUUUGUUAAACUGUAAAUAUUAUAAAUAAAAUGUUUAGAGUUACAAAAACCUA